AUUUAAUUUUUCCAUUCGUUGUAACAAUGCUAAUAGUGUUCCUUUUAUGUUUUGAACAUACUUCAUCGUGUAGACCCAAACACGAAAUUUAUAAUACUUCUAAAACCGAUCCUAAAAAUAAUUAUUUUGGUAACAGCCAUUAUUGGGGUGGGUGGGAUCCUCCGGCGAACGAUAGUAGUUGGAAAACUUGGAUUGCUAUAUGGGGUACGGAGAACUCUUCAAACUUUGACAGCACAGAAAAUGGAGGAGGUCCAGAAUCUGGGUGGCCUCAAUAUUGGAAGGGUUUGGGAAAAGGGAAUGAUGGCGUACCUCCUCCACCUUGGUCUUAUGUGCCAUUAGCUUAUGGCAAGCCACAGUUCUGUUUCUUACAACCAGAAAUAGGUGAAUGUGAUAAAGAUUUAACAAGAUGGGGUUACAAUCCAACAAAAAAUAAAUGUCAGACUUUUGAAUACGGCGGCUGUGGCGGCAAUGACAAUAAUUUUCUAGAUAUGGAAAGUUGUAAAGCGGCGUGUGUUGAUGUUCCUUCAACCGGAUGUGAAACUGGAGCGAAGAUUAAUUUCGAAGAAAUGAUAUAUAAAUAAUAUUGCAAUUUUAUUUUUAUAUUAUGUAAUUAUUAUUCGUUUCAGAUGUCGUAA